UAAUAAUUUGUUAAGUAAUAAAUUACCAAUAAUUAAUGAUACUGAAAGAAAUGUAACAAUGACAAUGUUUCGUAGUGGUCCAAUGUAUAAUUUAACCAUAAGAUUUACAAUUAGAACACCUGAAAUUAAUAAUGAAAAUACAUAUUCAACAUACGAUAUGUUUGAAUUUCAACCACAAAUUGGUCAUUUUGUUUGGAGAACAUUUGUACAUGAAAUGAGUGAACAUCCAACUAUAAGAAAUGUUAGUGAAAUGGCAUUAUUAUCAAUAUCAAGUAUAUCAUUUAGUGAAAAUUAUGUUAAAAUGAUUCAAUGGUAUAAUGUUAAAAAACCAUUUAUUAUAUUAUAUUUAAUGAAUUUUUCACUUCAAAUGGUACGUGUUGGUUUUCUUUGUCAUAAUCAAGAUAAAAAUAAAAAAAUAACAAUGUAUAUUAUAGAAGAUUGGAAAGAUGAUUGUAAACCACCAUUUCAACUAAUGAAUUCAAUUAAUUUUGGUUUUACAAUCGGUGAUCAUUUAUAUUUUGUUUCAAUAAAACGUGAUUAUUAUUUUAAUAUAGAUAAAAAUGUAUUAUUUACAUUUGAAGCUGAAUAUCGUAUUGAAAAAAGUGGUUCAUUUAAUGAUCUAUUUAUAUGUAGAAAACCAAAACCAGAUGAAUGGCCACCAGUUAAUCCAUCAUACAAAACUAAUCCAAAUAUACCGUAUCGUAUUAAAAAGCCAACAUUAUUGAAACAAAUUUCUACAUUUAUAAAUCCAUUAAUUACGAUCAUAUUUAUUAUUUUAAAAUAUUUACUAAUCACAUCUAUUAUCAAAUGUUCAAAUCAUUAUAAUAAAUGUUUUGGUUGGUGUAAACGUAAAUAUCAUCAUAAAAGUAUUGAUGACAAGGAUGAUGAUGAUGAUAUAAAUACCAAUAGUACCGAAUGA